GCACGCGUAUUGGUUUAAAGCCUUCAUGCAGCGACACACGGAAGAGCCGGUGCAGCUGUCAGUCCAGAUCCAGAUCGCGAUAGUUGGCUAGAGCUGCUUUUGAUUCCGCAGUUAAAAUGCAUGGCCGGGUUAAAGUAAAGAGUACAGCAGAGCAGCAGGAGGCAAAACGGAAAGAGCGAGAGAAGAAGCUAAAUCUGUAUACCAGUGCAACACAGGCUGCCCUACGUAAGCGUGAUGGUGGGGAGUUGGAUAACGAAGCACUGGAAGUGACUGCUCAGAUAUUAACUUUAAACCCAGAUUUUGCUUCUUUAUGGAACCUGAGACGGGAAGUAUUUCUUCAUUCGGGGAAAAGCAGGUCACCGGAAGAGAUGCGGCCUCUUUAUGUAGCAGAGCUCUCCUUCCUUGAGAACUGUCUGCGUAUUAGCCCAAAGUCCUAUGGGACCUGGUAUCAUCGUUGCUGGGUUAUGGAGCACAUACAUGAGCCAGACUGGGCACGUGAACUGGCACUCUGCAACCGCUUUCUAGAAAUUGAUGAGCGUAACUUUCAUUGCUGGGAUUACCGUAGAUUUGUCACCAAAUCUUCUUUUGUAUCUCUUUCUGAUGAGCUGGAAUUCACAAACAGUCUGAUCACUAAAAACUUUUCCAACUAUUCCUCUUGGCAUUACCGCAGCAAACUGCUUCCCCAGAUCCAUCCUGACCCACUGCGACGUGGCAGAGUUACCGAAGAAGCCCUCCUAACUGAGCUGGAACUUGUACAAAAUGCUUUCUUCACUGACCCAAGUGACCAGAGUGCGUGGUUUUAUAAUCGCUGGCUUCUUGGAAGAGCGGACCACCCUCUUUCAAUUCGAAGCAUCUUAGUCAGUGUUGAAGAACCCUCGGUUUGCGUUUCAUUUUCUCAGCCAGUCAGAGUUCAAGAUGAUUUGAUAUUAUUCCUUGAUGGCAGACCUCUUAUGGUUUCUUGGAAAACCCCAGAAGGAAAAGAAAAGCCAAGCUUACUCUGGGUAUGUAACCUGCCCAAGGAGAAAAUUAAGGGCCUUUCUGCUCAGCGUAAAUUCCACGUUGUUUUCAAUGAUGGAGAAGCUGAAAAAGAAUGUGUUCUAUACCCAGGGCAAAAACAGACUUGGUUUUGUAAUACUGCUACAGAGGAACACAUAUUCAGAUUUGACCUCUCUGAGGGAAAAAGCAAUAUCUUACAACGUGAAUUAAAGUCUUGCAAGGAGCUUCAAGAGUUGGAACCCGAAAAUAAAUGGUGCCUGCUCACUAUAAUUCUUCUAAUGAGAGCCUUGGACCCUCUGUCCUAUGAGAAGGAGUGCCUGUCCUACUUUGAUAUUCUGAAGGCUGUUGAUCCAAUGCGCUCUGGUUACUAUGAUGAUUUGUGCAGCAAAUUCCAGAUGGAGAAUGCCAUAUUAAAGAUGGAGUAUGCAGAGGCACGUGUUAUAGACCUUGCAAAAAAGGGGCUGACCCGUUUAUGCCAUCUUGACCAUCUGAUGUUGGUUACCCACAUGGAUCUCUCAGGGAAUCUCCUCAAGUCUCUUCCUGCUGAUGUAUCCAUGAUGAGAUGUAUCGAGGUGCUUGAAUGUGAUAACAAUGAGAUUUCACAUGUACCAGGAGUCUGGAAUUUGCCAAAACUGGAGGAGCUAUCACUGCAAUAUAAUAAAAUCCGGAAUGUAUCUGAUCUCCAACCCCUUUCCCGCUGCCCUCGCCUCUCUGUCCUUCACUUGCAAGGUAACCCACUUUGUGAAUCAGCUGAUGCCCGAGCUGAGCUGGAAGCACUUCUUCCCCAUGUGGACAGUAUACAAUUAUGACCUAUUUAAUGUGUCUGAUGCCACUUCUUCAUGUCCUGUCUCAAUAAACACUAUGUAUUGAC